AUGUCAAAAAAUAAAGAAUCAUUGAAUACUGAUGGAAAUGGCAAUCUUCCUGCUAAAAGCAAAUCCUAUAUUAAUUUAAAAAAAUUUAAUAAUUUCUUAACUGAAUUAGAACAGGUCCAUAACGACAUAUCAGCAUCUGCACAAUUGAAACAAAAUAAUAUUCCAGCCUUAAAAAAUUCACAUUCUGAAAAUUUCAUAUCUAGCUUAUUACAAGACAUCGACACUCUAUCACAAUCUGACUUAUUCAAGUAUGACAACUUGACCACUAACGCAUCCUUGGUCCAACAAUCUCCUCAAGAUAUGGAAUUCACUAUAAAUAUGUCUCGCAAAUUGAUAAGCAAUUGUCGAAGAUUGAAAUCUGUUAACGAAGCUCAAAGGAAUGAAAUUAAUAAACUGCAUGUUGAAAUUAAAAAAAUUUCUGAGAAAAAUAAUGUCCUCAAUGACACAAUAUAUGAUUUAAAUGACAAAAAUUGGAUACUCGAAUCAGACUUAUCUAAGAUUCAUAAAGACUUCAGAGAACUCAAAAAUAAAUUCAAUAAGUUGGAAUACGAGAUUCAAUCUUGUAAUAAUUUAUUAAAAGAUAAAGACUCUCAACUCGAUUCGUUAAUAUCUUCAAAAGAGAUUUUGGAAAAGGAAUUGAAAGAACAAAGAAGUACUUUCAAUAAUGACAUAAAAUUACUUAAUUUACACAUCACAGAAUUAAAUGACGAAAAUGACGAAUUAAAUGAAAUAAUUAAAAAUUUAAAAAAUGAUAUUGAACGUUUAAAAGUUGAAAGCAAAAGACAGAACGCAAUCAUUACUGAAAAACAGAAUCAAAUCAACGAAAAUAUCACCAUGAUAUCUGAGUUACAAGAUAAAAUUACUAAAAGUAAAGAUAAUGAAAUAUUUGAAAAUGAGUCCCGCUCUGAUAUAAUGUCAAUUAAAUCAUUAUCGUCAGAAGAUGUCGAGGACUACGCCAUCAAACAUGAUUUGAAACUAAUUGAUAAUUCGAUAUUUGACACCAUGACACACGAACUGGAAAACUUGAGAUCCAUAGAUGAAUCCUUGAAAAUUCUUGAAGAACAUGGUUGUGAUCGUUUAUCUUAUUUAAGCCUAGACACUUUCAAUUCUCUAUAUUGUCCAUCAUUAGACACACUUAAAGAGAAGGCUAAAGCACAUAAUCACCACAUUAUAAAUGAAGAUUCUUUCAAUUUUUUAAACUCACUAAAUAAUUCUACACCUGAUAAAAAAUUGUUAACCGAUUUAGCUCAAAGGAUUAAAUGCAAUGUCCUAUCGUCAACAGAACUAUUUAAUAUGAAAGAAACUAUAGAUCAUCCUACAUUGGAAUACCUAAUAGACAGGACUAAAUCAUACAAUCAAUAUAUUAUAGAUGAAAAUUCCUAUGAUUUAUUAAACCGCUUAAAUGCAUCAUCCCCUGAUAAAGAUACUCUAGAGACUUUAGCAGAACAAAUAGGAUAUAGUUUAUUAUCAACUAAAGAAUUAUCGGAAUUAAAAGAAUCCCUUGACAGCCCAAGUUUGGUAUAUUUAAAAGAAAAGGCAAUUCAGGAAGGCCAUUUACUAAUAUCAGCCGAGGAAUAUGAACUACUUAAAGAGAAGAUUAAGAAUCCAACAAUCGAUUAUAUUACUAAGAAAUUAAGAGCUUAUAAUAGGGUAAUCUUGGAGGAAAAAGAACUUGAAAAACUUAAACAUUUAGUGGAAAAUCCUUCAACUGAAAAAAUCGACGACGUUUUAGCAAGUAAAAAACUGACUAAGAUAUCUUUAAGAGACUAUAACCAUAUGAAAGGUGUCAUAAACAAUCCUGACUUGGACUUUUUAUCCACAAAAGCGCAAAGAUUCAAUAAAGUAUUGAUCGGUAUAAAUGAAUUAGAAAGCCUGAAUAAAAUUAAAGACAGUCCCUCCAUCAACUUUUUGAUUACAAAAGCUAAUAAAUAUAAUAAAACUUUAAUAGAACAAACCAAAUUACAGGAACUAGAAAAGCUAAAUGGAAAUCCAGAUAUUGAGUUUUUAAAAGAAAAAGCGUCUGAAAUAGAAUUAACAGUUAUUCCAACGACACAAUAUGACGCAUUAGUUGAAACUAAAGAAAGACCAAGCCUAGACUUCUUGAAGGAGAAGGUACAAGACUACAAACAAGUGAUAGUUCCAGAAGAUGAUUAUGACACAUUAGUUGAGACUAAGGAAAGACCAAGCCUAGACUUCUUGAAGGAGAAGGUACAAGACUACAAACAAGUGAUAGUUCCAGAAGAUGAUUAUGACACAUUGGUUGAGACUAAGGAAAGACCAAGCCUAGACUUCUUGAAGGAGAAGGUAGACGGUUAUGAAUAUGUGGCUGUUCCAAAGACAGACUACGACGCAUUAGUUAAGACUAAGGAAAGACCAAGCCUAGACUUCUUGAAGGAGAAGGUACAAGACUACAAACAAGUGAUAGUUCCAGAAGAUGAUUAUGACACAUUGGUUGAGACUAAGGAAAGACCAAGCCUAGACUUCUUGAAGGAGAAGGUACAAGACUACAAACAAGUGAUAGUUCCAGAAGAUGAUUAUGACACAUUAGUUGAGACUAAGGAAAGACCAAGCCUAGACUUCUUGAAGGAGAAGGUAGACGGUUAUGAAUAUGUGGCUGUUCCAAAGACAGACUACGACGCAUUAGUUAAGACUAAGGAAAGACCAAGCCUAGACUUCUUGAAGGAGAAGGUACAAGACUACAAACAAGUGAUAGUUCCAGAAGAUGAUUAUGACACAUUAGUUGAGACUAAGGAAAGACCAAGCCUAGACUUCUUGAAGGAGAAGGUACAAGACUACAAACAAGUGAUAGUUCCAGAAGAUGAUUAUGACACAUUAGUUGAGACUAAGGAAAGACCAAGCCUAGACUUCUUGAAGGAGAAGGUACAAGACUACAAACAAGUGAUAGUUCCAGAAGAUGAUUAUGACACAUUAGUUGAGACUAAGGAAAGACCAAGCCUAGACUUCUUGAAGGAGAAGGUAGACGGUUAUGAAUAUGUGGCUGUUCCAAAGACAGACUACGACGCAUUAGUUAAGACUAAGGAAAGACCAAGCCUAGACUUCUUGAAGGAGAAGGUACAAGACUACAAACAAGUGAUAGUUCCAGAAGAUGAUUAUGACACAUUAGUUGAGACUAAGGAAAGACCAAGCCUAGACUUCUUGAAGGAGAAGGUACAAGACUACAAACAAGUGAUAGUUCCAGAAGAUGAUUAUGACACAUUGGUUGAGACUAAGGAAAGACCAAGCCUAGACUUCUUGAAGGAGAAGGUAGACGGUUAUGAAUAUGUGGCUGUUCCAAAGACAGACUACGACGCAUUAGUUAAGACUAAGGAAAGACCAAGCCUAGACUUCUUGAAGGAGAAGGUACAAGACUACAAACAAGUGAUAGUUCCAGAAGAUGAUUAUGACACAUUAGUUGAGACUAAGGAAAGACCAAGCCUAGACUUCUUGAAGGAGAAGGUACAAGACUACAAACAAGUGAUAGUUCCAGAAGAUGAUUAUGACACAUUGGUUGAGACUAAGGAAAGACCAAGCCUAGACUUCUUGAAGGAGAAGGUACAAGACUACAAACAAGUGAUAGUUCCAGAAGAUGAUUAUGACACAUUAGUUGAGACUAAGGAAAGACCAAGCCUAGACUUCUUGAAGGAGAAGGUAGACGGUUAUGAAUAUGUGGCUGUUCCAAAGACAGACUACGAUGCAUUAGUUGAGACUAAGGAAAGACCAAGCCUAGACUUCUUGAAGGAGAAGGUACAAGACUACAAACAAGUGAUAGUUCCAGAAGAUGAUUAUGACACAUUAGUUGAGACUAAGGAAAGACCAAGCCUAGACUUCUUGAAGGAGAAGGUACAAGACUACAAACAAGUGAUAGUUCCAGAAGAUGAUUAUGACACAUUGGUUGAGACUAAGGAAAGACCAAGCCUAGACUUCUUGAAGGAGAAGGUACAAGACUACAAACAAGUGAUAGUUCCAGAAGAUGAUUAUGACACAUUAGUUGAGACUAAGGAAAGACCAAGCCUAGACUUCUUGAAGGAGAAGGUACAAGACUACAAACAAGUGAUAGUUCCAGAAGAUGAUUAUGACACAUUAGUUGAGACUAAGGAAAGACCAAGCCUAGACUUCUUGAAGGAGAAGGUACAAGACUACAAACAAGUGAUAGUUCCAGAAGAUGAUUAUGACACAUUGGUUGAGACUAAGGAAAGACCAAGCCUAGACUUCUUGAAGGAGAAAGCAUUAGAUUAUGGGAAAGUAAUGGUUGAAAAUGAAUAUUUUAAGAAAUUAUGUGACAAUGUUUUAAAUCCAUCGCUAGAUUAUUUAGAAGAAAAGGCGUCCAAUAUGGGUUACUGUAUGGUUUUAGAUGAUAUGUACCAGGAGCUAAAGCAUAACUUUGAUCUGCCAACUCUUAAAUAUCUGGAGGAGAAAGCAAAGGAAAAGAAUUAUUUUAUUCUAACAAUUGAAGAAUAUAAAAAUUUAUUAAACUAUAGGGAUAAUCCUCAUAUCAAUUUCUUAAAGAAGAAAGCAAAUGAAUUUAAUUAUCUUUUAGUUAAGAAGGAUUCUUUCAAGAAGUUAAUAGAUACAAAUAUUCACCCAACUAUAAAGUUCUUGGAAACAAAAGUCAAUGCUCUAGACAAGAUCAUUAUUACAAAACAGACAUUACAAGAGUUGCAAAUGGUUAAAGAAAAUCCCAGUAUUGAAUUUUUAGCAGAGGCCUGUGAAAGGUUGAAAUACGCUAUUGUAAAAAAAUCUGAACUUGAAGAACUAAUAGAAUUAAGAGAAAAUACUCCAACAGAAUUUUUAAAGGAACAGUUAGCAUCAAAGGGUUAUGAAAUUAUUUCAAAAGAAGAUUUACAUAAGUUAUCUUCAAUGUAUGAACAACCUACUAUGGAGUUUUUAAUAGAGAGAGCUGCUACACUUCAUUGUAGUAUAAUUAAGACAGUUGAAUAUGAAGCGAUACUAAAAAAUACCAACAGUCCGACCAUUGAGUUUUUAAACAAGGCUGCUUCAAACUUACAUCAUAUUGUUAUUCCCUUGACCAAAUAUAAUCAGUUAAUGACAUCCAUGGAAAAACCUACUUUAGAAUAUUUGAUAGAUAAAGCUAACUUGUAUAAUAUGGUUAUUGUGGCAUCUGAUGAAUAUAAUGAGCUUAACACAUUACAGUCAUCUCCUUCACGUAAAUUUUUGGAGAAGAAAGCAAGCCAACAAGAUUUGGUAAUUAUCCCAAUAAGUGACUAUCAAGAAUUGAUUGACUUGAAAAAUAUGCCAUCUUUAUCAUUCCUUGAGGAUAAAGCUAACAAACUAAACAAAGUCCUUGUUAGCUCAGAAGAAUUUAAUUUACUAAAAAAUAGUAUCAACUUUCCAACCAUUGAAUAUAUAAAAGAAAAAGCAAAAAGCUUUAGUAGUGUUGUUAUACUUCGAACAUCUUAUGAAAAACUUACUAACAUACAAAACAAUCCACCAUUACCCUUCUUAAAAGCUAAAGCUGAAAGACAGGAAUACACUAUUUUACCAAUAAAAAUGUUAACCGAAUUACAAAAUAAUUUAAAUAAUCCUUCUUUGUCAUAUCUCAGGGAGAAAGCUUUAGAACUUAAUUAUUCAGUUAUCAACAAUGAUGAGUUAGACAGACUAAGUCUUAUUGAAAAAUGCCCAACAUUAGACUUUUUAAAGAAGAAAUGUAACACCUUAGGAUAUAAUGUUAUUGAACUUUCGCUUUUCAAUCACCUAAAAAAUAUUGAAAACAGCCCAAGUCUUAAGUUUAUAAAAGAAAAAGUUUCAAAAUUUGAUUCUGUAGUUAUAAAAAAAGAUCAAUUUGAAGAACUUUUACAAAAUAAAAUCAAUCCCGAUAUGGAAUUCUUAAAAUCUAGUAUUGAAAAAAUGAAUUAUUCAAUCAUUGAAACAAACGUCUUACAAGAUUAUCAAUCUCUUCAAAAUAAACCCUCACUAUCUUUUUUGAAUGAAAAAGUCGCGAUGUAUGAUUCCGUGAUAAUUUCCAAGAAAGAGAUCACCGAAUUAAGAAAUAAUUUAGAAAAUCCAAAGGAAGAAUUUUUAAUUGAAAAAGCAAGGUUGAUUGGGAAAUUGAUAGUGAAUGAAAAUAUUUAUUCACAACAACAAACUUUAUUGGAAAACCCAACAAUUGCAUAUUUACAAAUUCAUGCAAAGAAAAAUAAAUACAAUCUAAUAGAAGAAAACAAAUUAAGUGAACUCUAUAGCAAUAUUGAAAAUCCUUCCUUGCAAUACCUAAAGUCAAAAUGCGUAAAAUUUAAUAAUGUCUUGAUUGCUCAAGAUGAACUAGUAUCCCUAAAGGAGAAAUUAAACCAUCCAACUUUACAAUAUUUAGAGGAAAAAGCAUCGAGUCUACAAUAUUCCUUGAUUGAAUCCAAACAAUUAGAUAAAUUGUAUGAGAUGAUACAACAUCCAUCAAUAGAUUACCUACUGAAAAAUGCAAAAGUUUUUGAUAAAAUGUUAUUAGACACACAAGAAUAUAUGAGUUUGCAGAAGAACAUAAAUGAACCAUCUUCUGCAUAUUUAAAAGAAAAAUGCACAUUACUGGGAUUAAGUACCAUUGAAACAUCUAAAUUAAAUAAAUUAAACCAUAUCAUAGAGAAUCCUGAUAUUGAUUUAUUAAAUAGAGGUGCUAAAUUACACAACUACCAUUUAAUAUCUAAAGAUGACGAACGUGACUUAAAGAAUGUUGUAUCAGAUAUGGGCUUUAGGUUACAAGAAAAAGAUUAUUCUAUAGAAGAAUUAUCAGAGAAAGCAAAAGAAUUGGGAAUGAUAAUGCUAAGUGUCGAGAAAUAUGAGCAGUUACAAGAAAAAUUAUCAAGAAAUGAGACAAAGAUUAAAAAAUUCGUAAACUCUCCUUCUCAUAAAGAGCUACUUCAGCAAGUCAAUGCGCUAGGUUACAUUCCUUUGAAGAAAAAUGUAUAUGGUAGAUUACAAGAAAAAGUAGUAUUAAAUAGAAUUCAAUUAAAAACAAGAGCUUUGCAGAUGGGUUACCAUGUUAUAUCAAUUAGUAAAUACCAGGAAUUGACUGCAAAAGACUCUCGUAAACUUGAUAAAAUUGACCAACAAAAAAUAUCGCAAAAAGCAAAUAAUAUAAAUGAACUUAUAAAACAAGCUAUAGAACUGGGUAUUUCAUGCGUUCCUAACAAAGCUUUUAUCUCUGACAGCCCACUGUCUAAAACUUCAAAGAAGGAAGAUAUUUUAUUAGUAACAAAACCUUAUUAUGAAAAUCUAAUUUUGACAGGUACUACUAAAGCUGCAGCCUUGGAUGAUAAGGAAAUAUUAAAUGAAGUAAAGAGGCGUGGUAUAAGAGGGAUGGAAUUUGGAAAUUCAACUUCAAAUAAAACUAAUUCAUUUAGAAGAUCUAUAUCUACGAAUACUGUAUCACUAAGAAAACAAGCAACUAAUUUAAGAUCUACACAGCAUCAAAUAGAAUCGUCAGUCAAAACAAAAACACUGUCGUCUAUAAGUAGGGACAGUAGUAUUGAUAAUUUAUCCUGUUUUCAUAUGAAUAAAGGAAAUACACCAACAAAACCUGGUACAAAACUUCCUUUAUCAUUACGUCAAUCAACACCAUUUCCUCUAUCUACUUCUUCUUCCACACAAUCUAUAUCAUCAUCAAAGGCUACUGCUAUAACUCCUAUUACAAAGUCUACGAAGUUGGUAAGCCAUUACCAACAUAAAAAAAGCAAUAACUCUUUACAAUCAAUAUUCUUUGAAAAUGAAAAAGAUGUAGACGACGCCAUUACUAAAUCUUUGACAAAGACAUUUGUUGGUGAAUAUCUAUCAAAGAGAUAUUCUAAAUAUAGUAUAAUAGACAAUCCAUCCUUUACUCAUGAAAGGUAUAUGUGGAUUCAACCAUAUACCAUGACUCUUCAUUGGAGUAAUCAAGAUCCUAGAACAAGUACUGAAAAUAAAGUGAACAGUAAAAGUAUUCCAAUUUGUCAUGUCAGAAGUGUUAUCAAUGACCAUUAUAAUUCUGGUUUAAUGGGUAAAGAAAUGUAUUUCAAGAGUAUUAUGGUGUUAGAUAAUAACAGCCAUCAUGUUAUAUUUACAUGCCCAAAUAAGAAAUCUCACGAGACUUGGUUUAAAUCUUUAUCCUAUCUUAUUGAAAGAUUAUCUAACUAA